AUGACAACCCUCAGUCAAGAACAACUCGACUUCUUCCACGAGAAUGACUACCUCAAACUCACGGCCGCAGAACACGGUCUCGUAACACCCACCCAGCUGCAGCAGUGGACACGUGAGGUCCGCACCUGGCCCCUCGAGAAGGGCAAAUGGAUGCCCUAUUUCGAAGUCACAGCGGACGGCACACGCCAGCUCAUGCGCACAGAGAAGUUCGUCGACUACCAUGACCAGUUCCGCGAUCUGGUCUGUGGUGACGGACUCGGUUAUAUUCUGGCGCAGUUGGCGGGACAGGAAACAACCCUCUUCAAAGAUAAAAUCAACUACAAACUCCCCAACGGCAACGGCUUCCUCGCGCACGUCGACUACCACGCCUACAGCCACAUCGGCGAAAUCCCGCAUCUCACAGCCAACAUCGCCAUAGACGCCACCACACUCGCCAACGGCUGUCUAGAAGUCGUCCCCGGGUCGCACCGCAUGCAGAUCGAAUUCGCAGAGGGCGGCCGGAUCGCGCCGGCAUGGGAGAACACCAAGACCUGGGUCCCCGUGCCGCUGGAGUCCGGCGAUGUCUUGUUCUUUGGGAGUAUGCUGGCGCAUCGGUCCGAGAGGAACCGGACGGAGAAGAGUCGGAGUAGUCUUUAUGCGACUUUCUGUAUGAAGAGGGACGGGGAGGGGCUGAGGGGUGUUUAUUAUGAGCAUCGGAGGAGGGCGUUUCCGCCUGAUCAUGAACGAGAUGCGAAUAUGGAUUAUGGAGACGGGUGGAAGCAGUAUGGCUUUGCAGCGCCGUUCUUGAAGGAUGAUACAGCGAAGGCAGCAUGA